AUGAUCCACCCAAGAACAACAUAUUAUCCGUUCAUAUUCCGUCCGCCAUCCAGAGUGGUAUUGAAAAGUGUGAGAUCAUUCUCCUCUAGCGAUAUUCGGUCAGAUCAAGCCCCUCCGGAAUUGAUCAACUUGGAAAAAUUGGUGACUCCUUCUCACCAUUCUCUCGCCCGACAAUGGCUCGAUGGGUUCAAAUUGGAGGAUAUACCCAUUAGAGCAUAUGAAAUCAAGUAUAGCCGGUCUUCCGGUCCAGGUGGACAGCAUGUCAACAAAACGGAAUCGAAAGCUACUAUCCGAGUACCUCUAUCACCAUCUCCUUGGACUCCGGCCUUUCUUUUGUCAUCAUUGAGUAAAUCGCAUCAUUAUCUUAAAUCUAACCCUUCUCUACUCAUUUCGUCUCAAGAAACCAGGGAUCGUCGUGAGAACCUCCGUCGAGCAUUGGACAUACUUCAUCAAACUUUAUUACAAGCAGGAAGAGAAGUUGUGAUGGGUCACACUAGUGAAAAGCAGAAAGAAAGGGUGAGAGGGUUGAUCAAGGCUGAAAAAGCUAAACGGAGGGUUGACAAAACGAAACGGAGUGAAACGAAAGCGGAUCGGGGUAAUCAUUAA